GAGGAGGAGGACAGAGGAGGAGGAGGACAGGAGGAGAGACGAGAGGAGGGCGCUGGAAGGGGACAUUCACUCAUUGUUACCAACUCGAGGAGCGGCGGAGACCCCAUUGCUACACGUGAAUUUUCGGCACAACAGUCAGGCUGAGCAUCAUUGUCAUUCGUGGACAGUUUCUCCAAAGCGUCAUCGCUGACUGUCUAAGAGGAGAGGGAGCGGUCAGAGCGCAGCAUCUUAAAGGACCACAGCAUCUUAAAGGACCACAGCAGCAUCUUCCUGGCUAUGGAGAUCUUGUGACACACUGCUGCCACUGACCAGAAUGCCCACUGUGAUGGAUGCAGCCAGCUUCAACCAUGGUCAUGUUGGAUUACGCUGCCCGACCCAGACUGUUUCUCUGUGAGCAGAAGAGGCGGAAAAGACUAAGACAAAGUGCCGGACACUCCUUCAGCCUUGUGAUUCCCUCUUUCUGGUGAAUGAGUCAGAUGCUAAAGGGGCUCAGCUCCUCUUCCUAACCAGCCGCUCUACUGGCUCUUUCUUCUCUCCUCUUUACGGAGCAGUCAUGGAUCUCCUGUGGGUGCUGUCGGUGUCCAUGUUGACGGUGUGCGUUGCCAUCCCUAUGGAUGCAGCAGCGGGGAGCCACAGUCUGUUCACCUGUGAGCCCAUAACCUUACGCAUGUGCCAGGGGCUGCCCUACAAUUCCACCUACAUGCCCAACAUACUCAACCAUUACGACCAGCAGACUGCGGCGCUCGCCAUGGAGCCGUUCCAUCCCAUGGUGAACCUGCAGUGCUCUCCAGACCUCAGGAUGUUCCUGUGUGCCCUCUACGCCCCGGUGUGUACCGAGUACGGCCGCAUGACUCUGCCCUGCCGUCGUCUCUGUCUGCAGGCCAAGAGCGACUGCUACAAACUAAUGGACAUGUUUGGUGUCAGCUGGCCGCAGGAGAUGGACUGCAACAGGUUCCCAGACUGUGACGAGCCUUACCCCCGUCCUGUAGACCUGCUGUCCAGCUCAGACACCACUGAGUCCCCCGUCGCCGUCCAGCGGGACUACGGCUUCUGGUGUCCCAGAGAACUCAAGAUCGACCCCGAGCUGGGCUACUCCUUCAUGGGGGUGCGCGACUGCUCUCCCCCGUGUCCCAACAUGUACUUUACACGAGAAGAGCUGAUGUUCGCCCGCUACUUCAUCGGGGUGGUGUCCAUCGUCUGUCUCUCCGCCACCCUCUUCACCUUCCUCACUUUCCUCAUCGACGUGUCGCGUUUCCGCUACCCAGAGCGUCCCAUCAUCUUCUAUGCUGUGUGCUACAUGAUGGUGUCCCUGGUGUUCUUCCUGGGCUUUCUGAUGGAGGACAAGGUUUCCUGUAACGCAGCGAGCCCUGGGAGGUUUAGAGCUUCAACAGUGACCCAAGGCUCUCACAAUAAGGCCUGCACGCUUCUCUUCAUGGUGCUCUAUUUCUUCACCAUGGCCGGCAGCGUGUGGUGGGUCAUUCUGACCAUCACCUGGUUCCUGGCGGCUGUUCCCAAAUGGGGCAGUGAGGCGAUAGAGAAGAAGGCCCUCCUCUUCCACGCCUGUGCCUGGGGCAUCCCUGGUGUCCUCACUGUGACUCUGCUGGCCAUGAACAAGAUCGAGGGAGACAGUGUCAGCGGCGUGUGCUUUGUGGGGCUGUACAACCUGACGGCCCUGCGCUGGUUCCUGCUGGUCCCGCUGGGACUGGACGUAGUGGUUGGUGUGGCGCUGCUGCUGGCAGGCAUAGCAGCACUAAACCGAGUCCGCAUGGAGAUCCCACUGGAGAAGGAGAACCAGGAGAAGCUGGUGAAGUUCAUGAUUCGUAUCGGAGUAUUCUCCGUGCUCUACCUGGUUCCCCUGCUGGCCGUUCUAGCUUGCUACCUUUAUGAGAACAGUUACAGAUCCAUCUGGGAGACAACCUGGGUCCAGGAGAAGUGUAGAGACUACCACAUCCCCUGUCCCUACCAGGUGGAGCGUACCAGCCGUCCUGACCUGGCCUUGUUCCUCAUCAAGUACGUGAUGAUGCUGAUCGUAGGAAUCCCCUCUGUGUUCUGGGUGGGCAGUAAGAAGACCUGCUUCGAGUGGGCCAGCUUCUUCCACGGCAAGAGACGCAAAGACGGGAUGGUCAACGAGAGCCGACAGGUGCUCCAGGAGCCCGACUUCGCCCAGCUGCUGCUCCGGGAUCCCAACACACCCAUCGUGAGAAAGUCCCGGGGCACGUCCACCCAGGGGACCUCCACCCACGCCUCCUCCACCCACCUGGCCAUGCUGGACGAGCCGCCCAGCGCCAGCACCAGCCGGGCCGGCUCGCUCCGCAGCGCACGCUCCAAGAUGAGCAGCUACCACGGCAGCCUGCACCGCUCCCGGGACGGGAGAUACACGGCCUCCAGUUUCCGGGCCACAGACGACCGUCCGCCCUACGGAAGCAUGCCUCGCCUCAACGACCAAUCACAGUCCAGACACUGCAGCACCAACCGCCUGGACAGCCUUUCACGGCACGGCUCCACCCAACGACUGGAGAGCCAGUCACGCCACAGCAGCAUCAGGGACCUCAGCAGCACCGCCCAGGCUGUUCUGGGGGUCCCCGGGAACGGGAUCCACAGAGUCCUGGAGGAGGACGGGGCGACGGCCUGAACAGGAAGGUAGAAGGAGGAGAGAUGACUCGUCUUUCUGUUUCUAGAGAGUUAAAGAAUGUGUGAGGGUCCUCUGUGGGAUCCACUGAUGGCCAAUAUGGGAGCUGAGAGCUGCAGCACAGUUAACUGAUGACGUUGAGAGGAGUGUGGAUUGAUGCCUUAAAAUGUCCUCUCAGCUUUACUCGCUGAUCCCAAAAACUCAAGUUCAAAAUGACUUUUAUUCAGUUUACAAAGCUGUGAGGGAUUUUCUAGAGCUGAUGAUGAACAACACUGGAGAAUGACGACAAGGCUUCACUGUUGGAACUACGUUACUGAGCCAGUCAAAACACAAACGUGACCAACAAUGACACACUGCACUGGAUUGUUUUUGACUUGUACUGUACUUGUUUGUAUAAAGGACUGGAUGAUGGACUUGAGACAUGACGAGUCUUCACUUCUUGUCUAGUCUCUUCGGGUUGGAAGCAGGGUAUUUUAUUUUAACUGUUUACCGGCUAUAUUUGAACUAUUUUGCACCUCUUCAGCCACUCUUUCAUGUUUCAGUUUCAGAUACAAUUAUUAUAACUUGACCUGCUAAAAAACCUUAUUUAUAGAGACAAUUUAUUGUCCACUUGAAAAGCAACAAAUUAGCCAGAAGUGAACUUCUGGCAGCACCGUCUGCAACUGCUGUCUGAACUUAGAAAAGCCUUGUCCCAUUUUAAAAACUGUUUUUUAUAUUGAGGUACUUCACUGCUUUGCUGUAAUGAUAAAGAGGAAAAAUGUCUGUUUGCCAGAAUUCAAAGGGCUGAAAUACAGGAAAAGCUGAAUCCAAACUCCUGCCUUAUGAUGGUGUGUUCAGACAGAAAGCAGCGCAGAUUUUUACAGGCUGUGUGAUAACAUACAGUCAACAGAAAGACAGACGUGGUUUUAGAGCUAAAAGACUGUUCUGCUCAGCCUUUAGUCAAAGAACAGGCUCAUUUUUCAAACACAGUUGGUACGGUGGCUGUUUGGGGCCAAAAAACAAACAUUUCAGCUGUCGAAGUGGCUUUGCUUUCGGUCUGAACACACUUUACAGUGACUAGAUGAUAGUGCACCCGUAAAUUAGAGUCAAAUUUCGAGUAGUGUGUCCUGUUUCAAAAUGUGUCCUUAUUGUAUAGCUACUGUCAAAUGUUAGAUCAACAUUUCCUCUAGUGGCAAAACUUGUAUAGAUGUAAAAAGUGAACGUGUGUUGUUCAUUUGUAAUAAAGUUGUUUUUUUAAAGAAAA